CCCAUCGAUCCCGUCGCAUAUUGGGCGAGAGAGCAAACCUGGCCAAAAGCAUUUUCACAGACCAGCAAGAUGGCACAUCUACUUGCCCGACCUGGCUCCCGGGGGACGCGGACCGCCACGCCAAACACCCCAAUUCCUGUUGACCUCAGGCCGAAGAAGGACAAGGUUGCAUAUAGCAGCCCGUUGUAUUGUCGGCGUCUCGCACUCAAGGGCAGUUUCCUGAAUGAUUCGGAUCUGGGGAUAGCAGAUGAGAGUAGGCAGCUCAUUCGGGAUCUUCUCGAUCGUGUCCAACCGGUUCCCAACGAGUCUCUUUUCGACGACGACAUUUUCCAGGCUUUUUGUGAGAAAUUCGCAUCCAGAAAUGAGGCCCGGGUGGUUCGUGAUGUUUCUCGGCUCAUCGUUCCUUCGGCAGAGGCGCAUGCCCUCCGUGCUAAAGACCUCAAGUACCUUUACGAAACAAACGACGAACUCUGGAAUAAUUCAAUCCCUUUGAUCGGCCCCAUCCCAAAGCCUGACUACGCCGUGGGGUUCGGAUUCGAGGCCUUCACCAACGAGCAGUGGGCCAAGCUGGAUCCUUUCAUUGGCCUCUUUGAGGAGGGUGACCAAUCCUUCUUUGUGGGCACGGGUUCGACCUUCUUCCCAUUCCUAGCGUGUGAGGCAAAGUGCCACUCUUCGGACCUAGUCGUUGCAGAACGCCAGACCGCGCAUAGCAUGACGCUCGCGGUACGGGGCGUUGCCGAGCUCUUUCGUUGGAGGGAGCGCGAGAACGAGGUUGAUCGACAGAUCUUGGCCUUCUCCAUCACGCACGACCAUCGCUCCGUAAGUAUUUACGGGCAUUACCCGGUGAUGAGGAAGAACGAUAUCCAGUACUACCGCCAUACGAUCAAAUCUUUCGACUUCACGGUGGAUAACGGGGAGCAUAAAUGGACCGCGUACCAGUUCACCAAGAACUUAUACGACACUUGGGUCCCAGCUCAUCUCAAACGGCUGUCUUCCGUCAUCGACGAGAUUCCCGAGGACCUGGACUUUGCCCCGGCUUCUAGGCACAGCGACUUUUCGAUAGAACCACCAAAUGAGUAG